UCUGUUCACCAGUCAAAACGGUGGCCAUUCUCCUGCCUUCAUGAACUCAUUCACUGCUGUGCACGUUAAUAUUUUGUCAAGUGGAAUCCACGCGUUUCCUGCCACUGACAUAUAUUCCGUAAGGAGGUUUUCCAACAGAUCGCGACACAUACUUUUUACUACCAACGGUGACAGGCACUCUGUUGGAGUGUGAGGUGCCUAAACUUGUCUGACAUCCAACGCGUUGGCAUUUCUCUCCCUCAUAAUCGACAUGAUGAGCAGAGAUUCGUCCUGUAAUCUUCUACUCAGAAGCUGUGCUGAUUUCAAAUCCAAAGCCAUGCAACGCCGCCAUCUACUGGCAUCUUUAUGUCAGUACAGUAUUCUGUAGAAGCUCGAAUUUCACAGACGAACUCGGCGUGAGCCUCUUGCACGCCUCCCUGUCGAAAAUUGUACUCGAGGAGUCUGCGGCAGUAAACGAUCGGAUUCCAAAUGAGGAAUAUAAACGUCCGGGGCAGCGAGCGAGUUAAGGACUUUUCUUAACAAUGACGACGGCGUCCGUCGCAGCGAGCGAAGCGUCCGUGUGCCGGGAGGCGGACGAACUGGAGAUGUCCGAGGAGAAGUACGUCCGGGACCUCCGGGAGGCGCUGAUGGGCGCGGGAAGCGCGGACUCUUACCGCUUCGACCUGGCGCCGCCGUCGCCGCCCGACGGCGGCGCAGCGCUCACGCUGACCUACGACAAAGUCCGGAAGGACAUCUCGUUCAGGCUGGGCUCGGUGUCGCUGAGCCCGAUCCCGGAGCCGUCGGAGGCCGUGAGGGGAUUGCUGACGCACGGUCUGGUGAGAGGAACGUCCCUGGAGCACCAGAACCAGGAGCUCCAGGAGCAGAACCGACACCUCAGACGAGAACAUCAACGUAUCACCGCAGAGCUAAAGCGCUACGCCAACGGGAAAGAAGACCUGGAGGCGGAACUUUACUCUCGCUUUGUUCUGGUGCUGAACGAAAAAAAAGCCAAGAUCCGCAGUCUUCAGGAAAGGCUCAAGGGGCUCCGGGACGUCAGCAGUGACGCGAAGAAGGAGGCGGCGGAGGGGGACCGAGCGGCGAAGGGGGAGGAAGACGACGAGUACGGUGGAAGCACCGACGACGACGACGACGACGCCGCCGUCGCGCCUUCUCACGAGGCGCGGCCCUGCUCUCCCAGCCCAUUUGACGACAGCCUGAGCGACAUCACGGAUGUGGCGCCCAGUCGCAAGCGACGCUUCCGCCACCUGGGAGCCUCGGACGCGGCCUUCAAGCGACCACACGCAAGGAGCGACUCCCCUGGAGCAACCAAUCAGCAGCCUCCGCCGCUACAGCGCCGCUGUGAUGUGUCGGCAGGAGAAGCGGAGGACCUGUUUGAGGACUUCUGACUCCCGCAAGG